AUGAUUCCUGCUGUCCACUCAUGUCGGAGGCGCGCCGCCGGUGAGCUCAACGUGUCUGCUCACAUUCCGACGAGAACUCAUAGGCCAGCUGCAGCGUCCUGUCUGUCGCGUUCGUUCGCGACGGUGGUCGAAAACACGCAGGCCGUCCACUCCCGACCGUCCGCUAACCCCCCGGACGACGCGACCCGGAAACGCAACCCGCGCCCGCUCAUCAACGCCGCCGUCAUCGUGAACCGCUCGCCGAUUAUCACCCGCUCGCCGACGACAUUCGAGCGCGCCUACUAUGCCUACCAGCAGCGCAUCCAGCGCGCGCUGCACAACCCCUUCCCGUCCGAGUUUUACUUCAAGCAGGGCUCGCCGCUCGAGGCCAAGUUCAACAUGGAGGAGCGCGAACGCGAGGAGCGGGCGUUUGGGAAGGGAUACGGCAAACACAGGGCCGGAGAAGAGAGCGACGCGGCCAAGGAGGCGAGCGCAGUGGAAAUGACGAAGGAGUUUGAAGAAGAGGUGCAGGAGGCGGGGAGGAAGAAUCGGGCGGACUACAAGAAGGACACGAAGAGCCUGGAUCGUGCCGGCCAGCGCAACCUCUACCUUCUGCUGCUGAAGAAGGAGCAAGAGCGACACAACUGGGUGUUCCCCCAAAGGAGGAUAGAGAAGGGCGAGCUGCUGCACCAGGCAAGUACCCUAUAUGCUGCAGAACGGGGUUUGUAUCAAGAAUGCGGCUCGAAGAUGGACUCGUGGAUCGUCAGCCGCAACCCUAUAGGGGUGUAUGAACCCGCAUCUUCACCAUCCGAGAGUGCUUCCAAGGAAUAUACCUUCUUCUACAAGGCUCACAUCUUCGCCGGCCAGGCUGUUACUGACAGCACGAGUAUUUCAGACUUCGCAUGGCUGACGAAAGAAGAAAUUGCGGAUCGCGUGCAGAAGGAGUACUGGGAUGGCGUCAAGGAUAUGCUUUCUGACUUCUAGGUUACCGUAUACUUGUGCAAUAAUACUACUGCUUUCAUCAUUCC